AUGAAUACACCUUUCCCUAGUAAAGACGCUGGUGAAUUACUCCUGUCUUUAAAAAAUGAGGCAUCCCCAGUAUCAUCUACUAGUUUUGAACGAGCUAUACUGUCCGAUUUUGUUCAUUCGGCAUACAGUCAAGCGUUCGCUGGCUUUUGUGCCCUGCUUGCUUGCUGCAUCACCCUUCAUCACGUUUACUGUCAUUUGAAGAACUACACGUGUUAUCCAGAGCAACGGUGCAUCAUAAGGAUUGUUUUCAUUAUACCCGCCUACGCAGUUUACUCGUUUACCAGUCUUAUGCUCACGGUUCAUGCACCCUUAGGAAGCGUAUAUGUUGAGCCACUACGCGACAUCGCUGAGGCGGUAGCCAUAUAUAGCUUCCUUGCUCUUUGCUAUCAGUACCUCGGUGGUGAGGGUAGUAUAAUGCUUGAAUUAAUGGGAAGAACUAUACCGUAA